CUUCAUUCUCGAGGGCGCGUGGGGUGUGGGUGUCUUGUAUGCUCGCGCGCGCGCGCGCACACGGGAGUCCCACGUGGGACCUGGUGGGGCGGGGGGUCGGUCGGGACUGGAGCAUCCCGCCACGUCAGUCUGCGGCUCUGAGCCAAUCCCGCGCUCUGGCUGCCGAGAGGUAGCCGUGUGGUGCUGAGAAGUGGCAUUCGGGAGAAAGGAGGCCUCUUCCUUCCCUUACUCUCUUCAGGGCCAGCUUCUCGCAAACCUUGCACGGGACCGAGAAGUCUCGGGCGAAGGCCGACCAGUUUGUUUGAAUCUUCGAGGAUCACAAUGAAGAACCAAGACAAAAAGAAUGGGCCUGCCAAACACUCCAACCCGAAGAGCAGCCCGGGGCAACGGGAAGCAGGACCGGAGGGAGCCCAUGGACGACCCAGACAGACAGCUCCUGCGGCGGAAGCUGAAGGUUCCACAAGCCAGGCUCCUGGGAAGACCGAGGGGGCUCGAGCUAAAGCAGCUCCUUCUGGGGUCCUCUGUGACGUCUCUGAGGAGCUGAGCCGGCAGUUGGAAGACAUUCUGAGUACAUACUGUGUGGACAACAAUCAGGGAGGUCCAGCUGAGGAGGGAGCACAGGGUGAACCCACUGAGCCAGAAGACACGGAGAAGUCCCGAACCUAUACAGCCAGGAAUGGGGAGCCUGAACCAGGUAUUCCAGUAGUCAAUGGCGAGAAAGAGACCUCUAAGGGGGAGCCUGGCACAGAAGAGAUCCGAGCAAGCGAUGAGGCUGGAGACAGAGACCAUCGAAGGCCACAAGAGAAGAAGAAAGCCAAGGGUCUGGGGAAGGAGAUCACCUUGCUGAUGCAGACGCUGAACACACUGAGUACCCCAGAGGAGAAGCUGGCUGCACUAUGCAAGAAGUAUGCUGAGCUGCUGGAAGAGCACCGGAACUCACAGAAGCAGAUGAAGCUCUUGCAGAAGAAGCAGACUCAGCUGGUGCAGGAGAAGGACCAUCUGCGUGGUGAGCAUAGCAAGGCUGUCCUGGCCCGAAGCAAGCUUGAGAGCCUGUGCCGAGAGCUGCAGCGACACAACCGGUCCCUAAAGGAAGAAGGUGUGCAGCGAGCCCGUGAGGAGGAGGAGAAGCGCAAAGAGGUGACGUCACACUUCCAGGUGACACUAAAUGACAUUCAGCUGCAGAUGGAACAGCAUAAUGAGCGAAACUGCAAGCUGCGCCAGGAGAACAUGGAGCUAGCUGAGAGGCUCAAGAAGCUGAUUGAGCAGUACGAGCUCCGUGAGGAGCACAUUGACAAAGUCUUCAAACACAAGGACCUGCAGCAGCAGCUUGUGGAUGCCAAGCUCCAGCAGGCCCAGGAGAUGCUGAAGGAGGCAGAGGAGCGGCACCAGCGGGAGAAGGAGUUUCUCCUGAAAGAAGCAGUGGAGUCCCAGAGGAUGUGUGAGCUGAUGAAACAGCAGGAGACCCACUUAAAGCAGCAGCUCGCCCUGUACACGGAGAAGUUCGAGGAGUUCCAGAACACACUUUCCAAAAGCAGUGAAGUGUUUACCACGUUCAAACAGGAGAUGGAAAAGAUGACAAAGAAGAUCAAGAAGCUAGAGAAAGAAACCACUAUGUAUCGAUCCCGGUGGGAGAGCAGCAACAAGGCUCUGCUGGAGAUGGCUGAAGAGAAAACCCUCCGGGACAAAGAGCUGGAAGGCCUACAGGUGAAAAUCCAGCGGCUGGAGAAGCUGUGCCGAGCACUGCAGACAGAGCGCAACGACCUCAACAAGAGGGUACAGGACCUGACUGCCGGGGGCCAGGGCUCCCUCACUGACAUUGGCUCUGAGCGGAGGCCGGAGGCUGCCACUGCCUCCAAGGAACAAGGUGUUGAGAGUCCUGGGGCUCAACCAUCCAACUCACCAAGGGCUACAGACGUCCCCGGCUGCCCUGGAACACUGAGCACAGAAACAGCAGGGCAAACAGGGCCUGGAGAGCCCACCUCUGUCACUGCCUAGAGAUCAUGGUGCUUGGGCAUGCUGGGAAGGGAGCAGCAGCCCAGUCAGGCCUGGUCCAUGCAAGGCUUCCACACUGAGCAGCCUCGUGCUGACGCCUGGGUGUUCUGACCUGGAGGGCAUCGGACACUUUGCAAUUUUAUAUUUUGUGGGUUAGUCUUACAUGGCUGGGGCAGGUGUGCAAACCUCAUGCAGUUCAUAGUUCACACCUGUAGGUGUGCUGUGGGUCUCACCACGGUUGGGUGUGCAGAUGACGUUGGUGACUCUGUAAACUAAAGAGUCUUAGAUGAUGUCAUCUGUAGCUGCCAUCACAAUAAGCUGGCGAGUCAGAUGACUCCAAUAUUUUCCUACCCAGCUCUGAGGCUCAGACCCCUCUUGGCCCUUUUCAGAGCUCGUGACAAGUGAAAACAUCCCAGCCUGGACUCUUCUUCUUUAUAAGCAGAAACAUGGGCAGUUUGGGCUCUUGUCACUCCCCUAGAGGUUCCAUUGCUUCUCUUAACCUGGGGAUGGUGUCCCUGGCAGAGUCUGGGAACACAAGUGGAUGGUGUGGCUGUGUGGGAGGGAAUCCCCUCAGGCCCACUUCCCUCUGGUAGUGCCAGGUCCAGGCCAGUGUUGCUUCUCAGUUCUCAGUAGCCUUAUCAUUCACAGGUGCCUCUAGCCUGCACAAAUAAUUGACAAAUGUCACCCAAAGGAUUCUUUUGGGAGGGUUUUGUUUGCUUGUUUUGCAUAAGCAUUUGUAUUAAAGAGCUUUGAAGGAAGGAGGAGGGAAACUCUUAACAGUGGUCCGAAGGUGCCAGUGCCCACUCGGAGCGGCCCUGUCAGGGUUCUUGGCCAUGUAAGUGCCAAGGUAUCCUGCUUGGGAAGGUGAGAUAUUUCAGAGACAGAAAGAGGCUUCCAAUGGCUUUGCCACAAGCUUGCCUAUGGGCUUCAGCCUAGGUGGCACCCACUGAUUCCCACCACUUCUCCAUGCAGCCUUUGCUGGGCCCCAGGUCUGCAUGCCCCUUGGCUUAUGGGUUUUGUUUUGGUUUUUUCCUACCCCCUUACCUCCAACUCAGGAGCAGUUUUUGAAGACUUAUCCAUGUGCCAUUUCCUAGCACCUUCUUGGCCAAAAAGUGAGUUCUUGGGAUUUCACUUCUGCCUAAGCUGACUGGUAGGUCAAGAACACACAUCCCAGGAACCAAAAUAGCUGCAGGGAGUUGUCUUUCCCUCCCCAUUCCCCUCGAUGUCACUGUCGGCUGCGCAGCCUUGCUGAAGUUCUUGUUAUUCACCUGUUGGGCUGUGGCCAGUUUCCACAGCAGCUUUCCGGAGUAACUGUCUUGGAAGCUGAGGCUCCACUUCCAUAAGCUAAGUGGAUUAUACACUGAGGUUGGGUAUUUACUUCUUACUGUAUUUUAACUAUUGCAUUAUCCUGCAAGUUUCUUCAUCUUUCCUAACUAGCCUCUAAGGCCUCACAUACAUUAGACAUUGAGCUGGGUAUGUGGUGUAUUCCUGUAGCCCCAGAACUCUCAGAGCUAGGAAGCAGGACCGACCCCUUGUCGGAAAACCAAAAAGGAAAAGGCUGGGAGACAACAUCACGUGCUAACAAUCAUGUGUCUAAAUCCAGAAAUUACAAAUGACCCCUUCCCCAUGUCAUGGGCUCUACCAUUCCAAAUACUUGCUACCCCACAGCUGUGAGAGUAUUGAGGCUGCUUUGCCAUCUCCAGCUGGGAUCUGUUGUCCUGUGGAAUCUCUCCCAAGGUCUUAUCUCUUGGAAAUCAUAGUAGUAUUCCUGUUCCAGUAAGGCCUCCCAGCCCGUAUUCCAAGCUGAAAUCUGACCUGUUAACCCAUGGGGCUCCCCAGGCCACAGAGAUGUAAGGGUAAGGCAUCUUUCUGCCUCCUUGGAAAUGGAAGGGCCUUCUGUGGUCCACAUACGUUGGCUUGCCUCACUUCAGCUACCUCUUAAAGCGUGUGCAGGGUUACAGCUGUCGGGUCUCAGUGUGGCAGGCUGGGAGGCUACAGUUUGUCAGUAGAACCUUGGCUGUUGGCUCCAUCCACUUGUAGGCAGCCAGGACGAUACGUAGAUGGUAAUCUCUUCCUUUCUCCUCUCCACUGACCAAAUAUAAACAGUCACUGCAGCUGCUCUGCUUUCCAAAGUCAGCCCAGGAGCCUGGGCCAGCUGCAGGGAGGUGGCCCGUCCGUGAGCAGGCCACUGCCUUCCUCACAUGGGCAAGUCCCUUGCACAUGACCUCACUUUAGGACCAAGUGCUGUGCUGGUUUCUUAGAUUGUUAGUUUUUUCUCUAGAGGACCACAGUGGGUAUGGCUUAGAGCCCAGGGCCCUUGGCUAUACAAACAAUAUUUAGGUCCUUAUCCAGGUGAGAGCUUCAUGUACGCCAUGUCGGCCCCAUUCUUCGUCAUUUUCUAUGAGGCUUUUGGACCAUGGACAGAGCUUGGGCACUUUCUGUAAGAAUGUUGUUUCUGUAAAGAUGGUUAUUUAACACUUCCUAAUCCCCAUCGCGUUAGUCCCACUGGGGGCUGCCCAGGUGUCAGUGGCGGGGCUGUGGCCUACUGAACGUUGUUCCAGACCCCCUCCCACCUUAAUAGCAUGGGUGGAUCACCAGGCAUCUGACUGCCCUUGCCCAGCCUGGGAAAGGAGGACCGCCUCUGUCCCUGUGACUGCUUUCCUUUACCACCCACACUUGUUUGAAGUUGAGCUGAUACCCUUUUUUUUUCUCUUUCCCCUUCCCAGUCUACUUUUGGUAUUCACAACAGCCAGGGACUUGAUAACUGAUGUAUUUUACACCACAUUAAAUAGUCUGUUGCCUUAUUUGUA